CUCCUUGUCAUAUCAGCUGUUUGGGAGAACUUAUUUUAUUUAUGUUUUUAUUUGUGGUCCAAAAUGGCAGAUGUGAAGUCUUUAGAACAUCCUACUUUAAAGGUGCCAUAUGAAAUUCUAAAUAAGAAAUUCAGAACUGCUCAAAAGGCCUUAGAUAGAGAGGUGUCUCAUGUACAGCAAGCUGCUAAUGAAAUAGAGAAAACCCUUUCGGACUGUCAGGAGGUAAAAGCGAAAGAUAUUACGUCACUACUUGGAGGUAUGGUAGAAAAACUGCAGGUGUUGAAGAGAAAAGCGGAGGAGAGCAUUUCAGAGGAGCUAGCUGCCUCCAAUGUGUGUAAACGUAGACUAGAGCAUCUGAAAGACCACAAUACUCUGACCCCGGGGGGAAACAUCUCCCAGGGGGCCCUCAACCAAUGGCGACGUAAACGACUAGACAGAAUGGUCGUGGAAUAUUUCUUGAGAAAUGGAUAUUACAAUGCUGCAAUAACUCUCGCCGAUAGGUCUGACAUUAAGGAUUUAACGAAUAUCGAUAUAUUCCUGACUUCAAGGGAAGUGGAAAAAUCGCUGGCAAAUAGAGAAACGGCCAAGUGUUUGUUGUGGUGCCACGACAAUAAAUCGAAAUUACGCAAACUGAAGUCGAACAUGGAGUUUAAUCUGCGAAUACAGGAAUUCGUGGAACUGAUUCGGUCCGACCGUAGGAUUGACGCCAUAAAACACGCCAGGAAACAUUUCCCGAGUUUCGAAGAGGAACACCUUUCUACAAUCCAGCAAGUAAUGGCGUUGUUGGCUUUUCCCGUGACUACAGAUGUUUCUAAAAGGCAUUUUUCAGUUAUUGCUCCCUACAAAGCGCUUUUCGAUGAAACUAGGUGGGAUACGCUCAUCGAACAAUUUAGGCAAGAAAAUUAUAGGCUUUUCCAGUUGGCUUCUCAGUCCGUCUUCACCGUGGCUCUACAAGCGGGCCUCUCGGCUCUCAAAACGCCUCAGUGUUACUCGGACAACUGCGAAAAUAGGAACCCGACGUGCCCCGUCUGCCAGCCUCACUUGAACGAUCUUGCAGAACACCUGCCAUUUGCUCAUUGUUCGCAGUCCCGGCUGUAUUGCCAUAUCAGUGGGCUCCCUAUGAACGAAAAUAACCAGCCGAUGAUGUUGCCCAACGGAUACAUCUACGGGGAACAGGCCUUGGAACAGAUGGCGCGCGAAAACAACGGCCAAAUAAUAUGUCCUAAAACUAAAGAAAUAUUUUCAUUUAAGAAACUGGAAAAAGUCUUUGUCAUGUAAAUGUGAUAAUAUUUACCUACUACCUUCGAUAGUAUUUAGGAUAUGAAAUAUAUUUACGAGAUAG